GGCGCCCAAAAUGUGCCAGUAACAGCAAGCAAUCCCUCAAAAUAGUUGUUAGAGUUUAGUGAGAGAAACGCCUAAAAACCCUUGAGGUAGCGUUCUUUUCAAUCGACCUCGAGGAAAUGGCCAACAGUAAUCUUCCCCGAAGAAUCAUCAAGGAAACUCAACGUCUCCUCAGUGAACCAGCACCGGGAAUAAGCGCCUCACCAUCAGAGGAUAAUAUGCGAUAUUUUAAUGUGAUGAUUCUUGGCCCAACACAGUCUCCAUAUGAAGGUGGGGUUUUUAAACUGGAAUUAUUCUUGCCUGAAGAAUAUCCGAUGGCUGCACCAAAGGUUCGAUUUCUUACCAAAAUUUAUCAUCCUAACAUUGACAAGCUUGGAAGGAUAUGCCUUGAUAUUCUCAAAGACAAAUGGAGUCCUGCACUCCAGAUACGAACUGUACUUUUGAGUAUCCAAGCACUUCUUAGUGCUCCAAACCCUGAUGACCCACUUUCUGAGAACAUUGCGAAGCAUUGGAAAACGAAUGAGGCUGAAGCUGUUGAAACAGCAAAGGAAUGGACCCGAUUGUAUGCAAGUGGUGCAUGAUGUUGUGGUGGAAACUUCUCUUCAAAUGACUUCCAUGUGAUAUAUGCUAUUAACUGAUAAUUUGAAUCAAAAUUUGAAGAUUUCCUGUUUGGACAAAUUAGAAUUUUAUAUUUUUCAAAGCUUCCAGAUACUGCCUAUUAUUAUUAAAUUGUUAUCUGAUGUUGGAAGCAUCACCUUGAAACUUGUAUGAUAAGGAAACUUUUUCAUCUC